AUGAGCGACGAAGCAGUCCCCCGCGUUUUCAUUCAAUACGAUCAAGCUUCCAAUUCGUAUCGUUCAAUACCUACGUGCAAUUCUCCUUUUAUCAACGUUCCGGCAUCAUCUCGCCCAUCAACUUCAGUUCUUGAAAACUAUCGAGACCUUUCUAAAGAUUUAGGGGGAUUCUGUCUGUCUGAAAAUCAUUGCGACGUCUAUUUCAUAUUAGAUUCCGGAGCUCGUAUACCAGCUCAUCGUUUGAUUCUUGCCGCAAGAAGCCAAUAUUUCCAAGCACUUUUGUACAACGGAAUGAAAGAAACUGAACAGAAAACUAUAAAUUUGAGAGAUACAAAUGCGGAGGCGUUCGAAUAUAUUUUAAAAUAUGCCUACACUUCGACACUCGAUCUUGCUGAAGUUGAAUUGGGGCUUCUUCUUGAAAUUCUAUCAUUAGCUCACCGUUAUCAUCUACAGACACUUGUAACUAGUCUCGGUGACUAUUUGAAGAAGUUGCUCAACAAUGACAACAUGUGCAAUAUCCUCAAUGCCGCCCAAUUCUUCGGGCUCGUUGAUCUCGCGGACUAUUGCUUAAAAUAUGCGGAUCGUCAUGCUGCAAAAAUAUUGUCAACUCAAGCAUUCCUUGAGUUAACUUGUGAUAGUUUCUCUCAAAUGCUCCAACGCGAUUCAUUCUACGCACCGGAAAUUGAGAUUUUUAAUGCCGUCAAAAGUUGGGUCGACAGUAAUCCAGAUGAAAGAAAAGGAUACGAGCACAUUUAUCGAACGAUUCGGCUUCAUCUCAUUCCACAAAAGGAUUUACUUGAAACUGUCAGACCAUCGAAACUUUUUGAUUCCGAUUCUAUUCUUGACGCAAUUACACAACAAGUCAAAAAAGAGGCAAAUUACAACUUCCGAGGUAUUAAAGUCCUCGACAGUAACAUUGCCACUUCAUACAAUGGAGCUGCUGUGAUUUGUUCGGAUAACGAACAAGGAAAGAAACUUCUUUGCGAAGAAGUCCCUGAUGAACAGAAAUGUGCCAUUCAUUAUAAUCCACGUCAAGUCAGUCAAUACAGUUCAAAGCAAGGAAUCGUUGUCGAUCUUGGACGUCCGCACAUUCUAAAUUUGAUUAUUAUGGAUUUGUGCGCAAAGGUUGAGCACCAAAUGUACUCGUACACAGUUGACAUUUGCAUUGACAAUGCUCUAGAGAUCAACUGGAUUCCAAUUGCUGAUUAUUCUUUGUACGUUUGUCGCCGUCGUCAGAGAAUCUACUUCACCGAUAAUGUUGUUCGUUUCAUUCGCGUCCGAUGUGCGGAUAAGAUGUUCCCAAAACUAGUAAUCAAACGAUUCGAAGCAAUGUACUGCUCAAGCCCAAUGCCAAUCAACUCACGUUGGCUUCUCACUGCUCCCAACACAAAUGUUGCGCUUAUUGAGAAUGACGCGCUUGUAGUGGAAGGUAUCUCACGCUGUAGAAAUGCUCUUAUUAAUGGGGAUGUAUCGACGUACGAUUGGGAUUCUGGAUACACUUGUCAUCAGAUUGGUAGUGGAAGCAUUGUUGUUCAAUUGCCGCAACCAUAUGUUAUUAGCACAAUGAAAAUACUUCUUUGGGACUGCGAUGAUCGAUAUUAUUCGUAUUAUGUCUCGGUAUCCGCUGAUCAGGUUGAGUGGAAAACUAUUGUGGAUCGUACUAAAAAGAAGUGUCGCGGUUGGCAAUAUCUUGAAUUCGAUCCAGUUCCGAUCGUGUUCAUUAAGCUUGUUGGAACUCGCAACUCGACUAACGAAGUGUUCCAUGUAGUUCACCUCGAGGCACCUGCAGAUCCGAAUUCUGAACAACCGGGACCAUUGGAAGCCCAAGAUAUAAUUGAUGGAGAAGAUUGA